AUGUCGAAGUCAACGUCUCGAGAAAAGAGAGCGCGACGUUUCAGGGUGUUCGGGGUCGGCGAUUGCCGAACUAUGCUCUCACUCGUGAAAUAUGCACUCGCUUUCCUCAUUCCCGUUUCUUAUCUCUUCCUCUCCCACAGGUAUCCUGCACUGAGGACGCGGUUCCUCCCUAUAUUUUGUUCACCUGCUGAACAAACACCAGCUGAAAAAGACACGAAGAAACCGCUGAAGAGCAUCAUGCAGUCCACCAGAACUGACCUCGCACCUCCAAAGGACGACCCAUUCACGACGGAAGAGCUGAAGCAGUACGAUGGGUCAGAUCCGUCGAAGCCCAUCUAUGUCGCUAUCAAAGGUACAAUAUUCGACGUUACGCAUAAGAGCGACGUGUAUGGGGCAGGAAAGUCCUACAACAUCUUUGCGGGGAAGGAUGGCUCGCGGGGACUGGGCAUGUCGAGUUUGAAGCCGGAGGACGCGGUGGCGGACUACAGCACGCUGGACGAGAAGGACCGGAAGGUGUUGGAGGAUUGGCAUGCAUUCUUCUCGAAGCGCUACAACAUCGUUGGAAAAGUCAGUGAUGGCCCUGUCAUCGAAAACUGA